GAGGACAUGCAAAACCGGAACAGCCAGACCACAUCUCCUCGGUAACGACCUGAACCUUAUCAUUGGCUUGGAGCAACUACUGCGCUCAGUCUCGCUGAUUAAUCGAUGUCGCCACCUUUUGUUUUCAGAAUCGACGAAAUAGCAGAGUCGCCGGACGCGAAUGCAAGCACCCUCGUUGAUAGUCGAGGCAACUGGAUGCCAUCUACGGAGAGUGGUGCAAACAUUAGAAUGAGCGGUGGAGUCUCAGGGAGAUGGUACUUCUGUGACAGGGAAUGCAUACGACAAGUGAACCAUUGUCCCCCGAAUGCUGCGCGUUACAAGACUUUCUCGGUGUACUUUGUUGGUGGUUUCGGGUUUUGGGUAUUGAGGGGGGACGCUACGAGCCCUGGCGAAGGCGAAGCCUGGCAACCUUUGAGAUUCGAUUGGGAUCAAGAGAAUUUCUCUUCCUUCUUAACGAACGCCGGACAGCAAUCAACCCUACGCGUUCAGCGAACGGACCAGGAGUGGCCGAAGAUGCUGCUGCCGGAUAUAUAUCAAACGACUUCAAUGACCCCUUUUACUGCGUAUGGUGGCCUCAAAGGGGAACUCCCACUCUUCCUGGCACUAGUUGCCUUCUCAGUUCGGAAGGACUAUCUUGCUAGUGUGUUACCUACCAUGUUCCAACAACAUGAAUGGAGAACACACGAGUACCAGCAUGGGCGCGAGAAUCUAAGAGGUGUUGUUGUAUACGUCUACACAUGCCCUAGCGGGUCAGCGCAGACCGUCUCCCCCAGAGAUGAGCUCCAGCAAUACGAAGAAGGCAGACUCGGGCAUUAUUACAACUGACCAUGGAUGGUCUCGUCACAGCGACGGUUUUAUGCCAUGACUGUCACACACACACACACACUCAUACGUUUUCUUUUUAUGUCGUCGACUUAUGUUUCUACUUUCCAAUAUUAUCAUUCUCAUACUGCACUGCUACAUUUCACUCUCUGUUGUCCGAGCCCAGGGACUCUAGUCUGUAAGCGUUGUAGUCCAGUAACAAUUUUCCUCAGUCUUCCCUCAUACGUUGUUUCUUGACUACGAAUCUGGUCGUAAGACCGUCACCCUGAUUACGAUUGAUGACGUUGAUGGCGCUCUUUAGUCUCUCCUCCUUUAUGUUAUGUCAGCAAUAGUAGUCUUACUUGCGUCUCGAUAUAAACGAAAGUGUUUCUAUUCUAGUUCUAUUAGCG